AUGGUUACAAGCAAGCUCCUUCUCGGGGCGAUCCUCAGUUCAACCUCCGUCCUCGGAGCCUACAUCCCGCACGCUCCGCGCGCUGAACCCUCAAAACCCCAUACCACAAGUGGCAUGGGUGGCUAUCGCACCGUCUCUAUUACUAGCGCGGGCAGUGUCGUAUCCACCAUGGUCUACAAUAAAAGCAUGACCAUGCACGGAACUGGCACCGGUACCGGAGGCACAUACAUGCCCAGCAUGACAGCAUACCCAACCAUGAAGCCUGGACAUAACAAGACCAGCUCCAUGAAGAUGUCUUCAUACAUGGAAGAUGAAGAUGAUGACAUGGAAGAGACGUCUACCUACAUGAUGGGCGGCAUGACGUCUACCUACGGUUUCGACGACAUGGAUGAUAUGACAUCUACCAUGAUGGAUGAUGAUAUGGCUACCGCCUACCCGACCAUGAACCCCAAGCAUAAUAUGACAAAGUCCCACAUGAUGGAUGAUGAUGAUGAUGAGGUUCCUACUCAGACCAAGUUGGCGGUUACUUUUACUGGAGUAUCAAGCAUGAUGAUGACUUCUACUAUGAUGGAUGACGAGAUGGAGACGGCUAUGCCUACAACGGAUUACGAGGAUUAUAUGCCUUCUUCCACGGACGAUGAGGAUAUGCCCGAAGAAACCAGUACCAUGGAAGAUGAAUAUAUGCCUGAAAAAACCAGUACCAUGGAAGAUGAUAUGCCCGAGCCAACCAGCACCAUGGAAGAUGAAUAUAUGCCUGAACAAACCAGCACCAUGGAAGAUGAUAUGCCCGAAGCAACGAGUACUAUGGAGGAUGAAUAUAUGCCCGAAAAAACUAGCACCAUGGAGGGCGAGGAUAUGCCUGAACAAACCAGCACCAUGGCCUAUGAUGACAUGCAAUCUACCAUGAUGACUGAAAUGUCUUCAACAAUGGCCAUGACAACCGAAAUGCCUACCAUGACUGCCAUGUCCACCACUACCACCAUGAUGAUGAUGAGUAUGCCCGCCAGUUCAUCCGUCACCGCCACCCCAGUCGCAGCAAUCCCCACCUCUCCACCCGUCAACAUCUUCACCGACAAGUCCCGUUACCAAUCCUACUCUAAAAUCCCCCAAGACCAACUAGUCUACAUCUCCAACCACAUCUUCGAAGAAGUUGACAAGUGGGGUAAGAUCAAGUUGACUGCUAACGCUGAGCUUCAAAACAGCAUGGUCGCCGGAAAAGCAUGGUUCGAGAAGGAGAAGGAAAAGAACGGAAAGGACUCCAUUUGUACCGCACCAGCUUAUACAGGCGGUGAACCUCAGGACACACUGAUCUACUGCAAUAAGGAGAGUAGAUAUGGUAUUAGAAUCAAUAACUUGAUGGACGCUGCUUGGAGUGAAACUUGUUGGGAUAUCGUUAAUAAUGCGGUUUGGUUGUCCCAAGCUAUUACCAGCGGUAACGUUGGAAUUCCUGAAGGUGAAGUACCGGAGUAUUAUAUGACCGCGAAUAACCCUAUUCCAACGAGGUUCUUCCAACAUAAAGAAAUCCAGGUUACUGAAGGAAGACCAUGGAAUGUCACUGGUCAAGUCUUUAAGGGUGGUAAUCCAUUACGAAUGGCUUAUAUUACUCUUGAGAACCCAGGGUGCCCAGACGCCUGGAAGAAUGCUGAGGCGUAA